UUAAUAUCUUUUUCUUUUGUUUUUAACCGAUAUAUUACCAUAGUUUCCAUUAUCUUUUAUAACCUUUUUUUAAGAAAAGUAAUUUCAAUACAAAAAGUGUUCGUAGAGUGCCAAAAUAAAAUUAAUAGGCCUAUUCCGAUCGUCACCUGAAAGUCCUACUUACUCCAGUUUUAGUAUAGAAACUGUUUUUCUUUUUAAUUUAUGCAAAUUUAAUUCAAAAGUUACUUUCAAAGUGAAGGGUAGGCUAUUGUUAAAAAUUCCAUUAAUAACGCCACCUCAUGGUAUUUAACCUAACAAUAUUUACAACCAAAAAAUUUUCGACAACGACUAUUUAUUACGCAAUAUUAUCAUAAUAUUGAACAAUAAAAAAACCAUUCCGUCAAUCAUCUUGCUGUCUUUUGUUAUCAGUGCUUCUGAGUAGAAAGAAACUAUUUAGAUUAGGCCUACAGUAGCUGAAUAUACUGAAUGGAUUCAACUACCCAAAUAAUUCGAUCAAGCUGAAAAGCAAGUUAAAUCUUGUUAAUUAGAGUAUUUUUUUUAUUUAGAUUUUUAAUAGCUUUUUUUUUGGUUCUGUUUAUUUUUUUUAAUAUUAGAAAUUCACUAUCGUAGUACUUAAAUUGUACAGUAUUACCUUACGUUUCUCCUCCUCCUCCUCCUCCUCCUUCUCCUCUGCCUUCUCUUCUCCAUUUCAUUAAACCCUUUUAAAAAUAUCUGCUCUAGGUAUUCUAAUAUCGUUUAUAGUUUAUGAAUACUUGAUAUUGAUUUGAACGACUUUUUUGUUGUUGAUGUUCUUUCCUACUACUCUUUAUUCUUCAACCAAUAUUACUUGACAUUUUUGUCCUAUUUUUCUGUAUACAUAUUCUAUACCGUUAUAGGAUUAACAUUGUAAAAAAGGAGAUAUACUAAUUUUAUAGAUUUAAUAAUUUAGACUUUAAUUAAAUACGAAAAUAAUUAUAAUUAUUUGUUUGAAUAGAGCCAGUUAUUAAACUAUUAUACUCGGUAAGGAUCUAAAAAUACAAUAGAAAUAAUACAUAGUUCGAUAAUAUCCUGAAGAAUAGUAAGGGUUUUUUUUUGAAUUUGUCAAACUGUACUAUUAUUUAUUUAUAUUAGGAUGUUGUCAGUGUUUUUUUGUGUGUGAAAUGGAAGCGUCUCUUAUUAAUUUUUGUUUGACAUAAUAAAAUUAUUAAGGAAUUAGGCAAUUUAUCUUGACAAUAAUAGUACUUAAUUGAAAUACCAAAGGACAUUUCGGGAAAUGGCUGGUAGAGGUUCUGUUUAAACUAUUGUACUGCUUUCCUGACACAUAUUUUUUUGAAUUAUAAAGAUUAAUUAAUGAAAGAAGGUUCAUAUGAAAUAUAUUUCAAAAAAAGCAUAAUUAAGUUCAACAUCAAAGUAGGCUGAACAUUUCAUCAAAGUAUGUUUGCAUCGACAAUUACCAAAGAAUAGAAUCCUGUUUGCUGUCUAGGAUAGAUAGUGCAAUUUACGUCGGUAGUCUAUAUGCUAGAAAGAGUUAUUGGAUCAUUAUCUUCCGCCAUCCUUUCUGAUAGAAAACGAAGAGAAACUACAAAGUCUUUUUAUUUAUGGAUUAAAAUUCGUUUAAACAAAUGCUUUCUCACAAUUAAGUAACAUUUUGUUUGGAUCGUAUUCUAUUAGAUGUCAUAGCUGCAGGAAACAGUUCAGUUGCGUAUAUAUUAGAGGGGAUUUGUUUUUUAGUUUAUCCAGAACAACUACUCAUUUUAAUCCAUGUCUUAUCUUUUGAAAUAAAAUAUUUCUUAUUUGCAUUACAGUUUUGUAAGAUAAUCCGUAGGGAUUAUAAGGCAGCUGCUGGUCGUAUCUGGAGGAUGUUAUAUGUCUUCGGUCAUGCUAUACUUCUAGGUAUUGCUUUUUUUCUACGGGAUCUCUUCAGAUUACAAUUAGAUACUGCUACUCCAUCAAUUAUCCAACAACGUUCAUAGGAUAUUCGUCUCGAAAUGAUUAAUCAAUGCUUGAAAAGUAUAACAGAAGACUCCUCGCUUUGAUUGAUCAGUCAAGGUAGAAGAUUCGAAGCCCACAGGGUACCAAGAAAAAUGGCCUCUAUCAACAAUACAACAUUGUCCAAGGGCAUUAAAUUUGAUGAGACUAGUUGUGAUCACUUAAAGGGCGUUAGAAGAGAAUCGUCCUAGAUUUAUACUUAUCACAGCCACUAAGGGAGGAGAAAAUCAUUUAAACUUUUAUUUGGUUGAGAUUAUCCGCAAAUAUCCUUCGUUACUUUUAUUAGUUUUCUUUUAAAUUGAAUAUAUCGCCAAAGGUUUAGCUGCUGUUUAAUAUAUUUUGGGUUGUUGGUUUGUUAAGUGGAAAUAUUAUCUCUCUACAGUUCUAUCAGAAACUGUUGAAGUACUCUAGCUGAUCAUGGAUAAAUAGGAGAGAAGGACAAUACAUCCUUUCUUCAGUUAUGGUUAAUCACUAACUCGUAGGAAUAUAUUUAAUUGGACGAAUGGGAAGACGUCUAAGUAUAUCCGCUUCUCCGAUCGCAGCUGGAUUUGCUGAAAUCUCUUUGAUUUUCUUUGUUUAUCUUCAAUGGUAAUAUUCAAUUUAUAUGGACUCAUGCAUAUUUACUUGUAUUUAUCAGGAAUUUUCUGCAUUGGUAUAGCAACUAUCAGGACUAUUUUUGAAUGGGAUACAUAAUAACUCUUACCUAUUUACAUUGUGUACUUUUGCCCGGUAGAAGUCGGCGAGUAAACGUCUAUAAAUUUAAGGAAUGAUUAGAUUAAUUACACGAGUACGUCUUCCUCUGGAGUAAUGCCUGGAAGCUUUUUACCCACAACGAUAUUUGGAGUAUACGCUACGAGAAAGUGAAAUUUUAUCCCUUCUACAAGCGGAAACCUUACACGCAAAAACCCUACGAGAUAAGCUGGAUAUUAAAAAGUGAGUUUUAUAUAUUCCUUCUCUUAAGUCUUUUCUUAUCAUCCGUCACUCUAAUAUGUCCAGAAAAAGUUGGCUUAUUACAAAAGAAAGUGAAGAGGCAAUGGAAAAGGCGAAGAAAGAAAAAGGCGAAAAAUCAAUAAGACUCGAGAAUAGUAGAAUUUUUUUUCUGUUUGUUAGAAAAAAAGUGGUACAAACCGAUUAAGAAACGUUACGAAUUAUCAUUUGAAAUUGUAUCAAUACAUUCUAUUUAGAAAUGAAUGACUUAAAUUUUAUCUAAUAGGAUUUAAAUAAGAAAAGGUUAUGCGUGGCUUAAAAACGUUUAUAGAGGAGCUUAGAUCUUGUAGGAAUGAAGAUGAGGAAAGGAUCAGAAUCUCAAAAGAGCUUGCGAAUAUUCGAAAAAAAUUUUUAAAACGCAAUAAAUCUUUGUACGAUAAACGAAAAUAUGUUUGUAAACUGGUUUAUAUUUUCCUUAAGGGUGAAAAAGUAGAUUUUGGACAAAUGGAAGCCUUAAGCCUAAUAUCGUCCACGAACUAUUCUGAUAAGAGAAUUGGUUAUUUGUUUUUAAGCACUUUUCCAAGUAGGGAAGAUUAUUUACUGCUGGCUGUUGAAUGUAUAAAAAGAGAUCUACAUAGUAAUCGUCCAGCAAUUCAAAAAUUGGCUCUAGCUUGUCUAUGUAAUAUAGGUGGACCAGAGAUGGCUGAUUUGUUUACAAAUCAGUUAGUAUCUGUCAUGAAGAACGAGGGAAAUUGUGAUUCAGUAAGACAAUCCUCUAUCCUAGGUUUGAUAAGUUUCCUUAGGGAGGGAAACAACUAUCCAGUAAUUUUAGAAAAAGAAAUACCUUACUUAUUUAUGAUUAUUGAUAAUGAUAACCUAGGAUUGGUUCAAUCUUCAGUUACACUACUCAUAUAUUUAACUAACGACAAAAAUCAAUUACAAACAAUUUCAUCAUUUCAGUAUUUAAUUAUAUCAAAAUUAGAUAAAUUAAUGAAAACUAAUAAUAAUUUCAAUCAAUAUAUGUACGGAGGUUUUUGCGCUCCAUGGUUAAUAGUUCAACUAUUCAAUUUAUUGAAUAGAAUUCAAUUAAGAGAAAAUAUUACGAAUCUUAUUGAGUAUGCAAUUGAAAAAUCUAUAGAAACGAAACCCAACGUUACGUUUAUUGAAACUAAUAUUAAAAUAUCUAUUUUCCAAGAGGCUGUUAAGGUUGAUAUAAUUUGUUCCUUUCCUGGAGAUUUUUUUAGAUGGGAUGUAAUUUGGAAAAUGAUAUUAUUUCUGCCUCGUAUUAGUCAAUUUAGCUUGAGACAAGAGCUUGUUAAUAAGAUACUGUUUGUAAUCGAUGGCGGAGAGAAAGAUGUAGAACAAUACGCCCCUGCUCUUAUGAAUCUAAUUUCGAUUGCUGGUGACGUCAUUAGCAGCUCUUGUUGGUUUAAAUUAGUAAAAUUAAUUCGGGAAAAGCCAUUUUUUCAGAAAAAGGUAGCUGCAGUCGCUUUUAACCUGCUAAAUAGGAAAUCGAACCCCAGCAGCGUACUAUUGAGAAUGUGCUCUUUUAUAAUUGGGGAAUAUGGCUACUUGAUAGCUAGUGGUCGGGAACAAAUUGACUGUCUCAGGAAUAGAUUUUAUCAAUCCGACGAAGAGACUAAGUCUAUUAUGCUGUCAGCAUUUGUCAAGAUUGCCCAACUUCAUACUAAUAUCAAAGUUGAAGUUCUAAAUAUUUUAAAUGAUGAAAUGUUAAUUAAAAAUCUUAAUACGGAAGUUCAACAGAGAGCUGUUGAGUACUAUCAGUUAAUUGCCUCCUUUCCCUCUAACUUUACAGAGAACAUUCUCCUUGAGAGGGCCAGUUCGAACUUGAUCUAUAAACCGGAAGAAUCUUUUCGACAAGUACUUAAAGUUGCAGAUAUAAGUAAAAGGUUGAAAAAGACAGAUUUUGUUCUGGAUGCCAUAAGGGAUCCAACAGUUAAGAGCAUUGAUGACUUGUACGAUAAGAGAUGGUCUGAUUUUUACCAUACAGAAAGAAUCUUAACAAUAACUACAGAUUCAUUAUCCACACUUAAAGAAAAGUUGGAUCAUCAUUGGGAAUCAUGGGUAAAACAUUCAACAGAACAUACAAUUAGAGCAGCUAGCUUAUUCGAAAAUAUUCCCAAAAAAACAACUAGUGGUUGUUUAAUAGAGUGUGAAAAAACUGCUAAGAGGACGGAUGGUAGAUGUAUAUGGAGUAUUAAGAUUCGUUGUGGUACAAUUGAAGUGUCAGAAACUGUUUCCAUAUUUAUUAACACAUUAUUUUCAAUCUAA